CAAGCCCAAUAGCUCUCGAAGCCCUAAAAGUAAGCAAUAAAUCAUCUUCACUGUAACCAGUCGUCGUCAGGAAGAGAGUAAACCCUAGCAGCAGCUUUUCAGCUCACGAGGAGAAGAGAUCGCAGCCGCGUAUCAAAGAAGAUGACUUUCAAGCGCAGGAACGGAGGGAGAAACAAGCACAACCGAGGCCACGUCAAGCCAAUCAGAUGCUCCAACUGCGGCAAAUGCUGCCCCAAAGACAAGGCCAUCAAGAGGUUCAUAGUGAGGAACAUCGUGGAGCAAGCUGCCAUUAGAGAUGUUCAGGAAGCCAGCGUCUACGAUGGGUACACGUUGCCUAAGCUGUAUGCGAAGACACAGUACUGUGUCUCAUGUGCGAUCCACUCUCACGUUGUUCGUGUCCGUUCCCGCACUAACCGCAGGGUUCGUACUCCCCCUCCACGUUUCGUCAGACGCAAGGAGGAUGCGCCCAAGCCUGGACAACCUGGUCAGGCUCCUCGUCCUGCUGGAGCUGGAGCAGCUGCACCGCGUGCCUGAAGCCUCUUCUGCAUAUCUUUGUUUCAGCUUUUGAAAGCUUUUCUGUUUUUGUUUCGCUUAUUAUGUUUGGUUCAGUUACUUGAUACUACUACUCACAAUUUGAAUCUCAAAAGCUGUUUUUAUUAGUGGUUGUUUCGACUUUGAUUAUAUUUCAAACCUCUUUUGUCUU